AUGGACAAGGCGGCACUGGAACGGCUUGCCCGGCAGCGACCGUCGAUAUUCCACAAUGCGUAUUCUGAAUACGGAUUCGUUCUCUCUAUCAUCUUGUCCAUGAUGAUGUGUGAAUACUUCGUGAGCGGCUUCAACAUCGUUCUGCCCGAGGUCGCCGACGCUCUACACAUUUCAGACGCGCAGCGUACAUGGCCCGCUGCCGUGCCUAAUCUAACGACAGCUGCGCUUCUGCUUCCGUUCGCCCGCAUGUGCGAUAUCUAUGGCGGGCGAUAUAUCUUUCUGGGUGGACACGUCUGGGCUUUCAUAUGGUCUCUCGGUGCGGCUUUCAGCUCGAGCCCGACCAUUCUCAUCGUCUGUCGCGCUAUGCAGGGAGUCGGAUUCAGCGCCUUCUUGCCCGCCGGACUUGCCUUGCUAGGUCACACAUAUCGACCUGGACCGCGCAAGAACCUGGUAUACAGUAUUUAUGGAGCGGUUGCCUGCAUUGGUUUCUAUUUCGGUAUCCUUAUAGGAGCUCUCGCAGCCCAGCUCCUGGACUGGCGGUGGUACUUCUACAUAGGUUCCAUCCUCGUCUUCCUUGUCGUUGUCGUCGGUGUGGUCACAAUCCCGCGGAAUCUAGGCGACCAUGAUCAAGGGGCAGUAAUGGAUUGGUGGGGAUUGGUCACGGUAGUACCGGGAUUGGUGCUCAUUGUCUAUGCGUUCAGUGAUGGUGGACAUGCUCCAGAUGGCUGGCGCACUCCAUACAUCUACGUGACGUUCAUCGUAGGCGUUCUCUUCCUCGCCGCCUUUGUCUAUGUGGAAGGUUGGGUAGCCGCCCAGCCUCUUCUUCCUGCCGAGCUUUUCAAGCCAACAUACAUGAAGCGGUUGUGUGCCGGGCUUUUCUGCUCGUAUGGAAUAUUUGGCAUCUUUUUAUUUUAUGCAAGUUAUUAUGUUGAGACAGUCCUACAUACAGCGCCUCUACAGACUGCUGCUUGGUUUCUUCCCCUUGCUGCGGGAGGAGUCGUCCUCGCAAUCACCGGUGGCUUUGUUCUGCAUAUAUUGUCUGGCCGGAUCCUAAUGAUGAUUUCUUGCGCGGGCUAUACGCUGUGCUGCCUACUUUUCGCUUUACUUCCGAAGCAAACAAAUGGUCAACCUUCAACGAGUUUUCUAUACUGGGCUUAUGUGUUCUCAGCCAUGCUGAGUGGGACGAUUGGCGUGGACAUUGCAUUCAAUGUCACAAACGUUUAUAUCACAACUGCAAUGCCUCGACGUCUACAAGCCACUGCCGGUGCGCUGAUCAACAGUACAUUAUACCUCGGUAUAGCGUUCUGGCUCGGUAUCGCGGACCUUGCCAUUGCCACCUCGGUGCAAAUGCAGGGAGAAGAAUCGCUUGGUCCCCGUGAGCAAUACCAGAUAGCCUUCUGGACUGGCGUUGGCUUGGCAGUGUUGUCAUUCUUCCUUAUCGUGACUGUUAACUUUGGGCGAGCGGAGGCGCAGAUGACCGUAGACGAGAAGGCAGCGCUGGACGAUGACGAAAGCCGUAACUGA